AUGUUCGGUUUGGGUGCUAGUAUAUAUGACCAAAACGGAAGUGCGCUCAGGAUUCAUACUUGAUUACACAACAUAUGAAGAAGAUUAACAACAUUAACAGUAGCGCAAAUAAUAAUCUAAUGGACAAGGGUCGGACCCUGCCGGUUGAUCCGAACCUUCCCCGAUGGGUCUGCCAAAACUGCCGCCACAAUCUCGUCAUCGUCGGCGUUGAUUCUUACGCCGACAAGUUCCUCAAUGACUCCUCUUUUCGUUCUGGGAUUCAGGGUUCUUCAGUUCAUGGUGCGAGUAGUGUUUUAAAUUCAACACGUAUGGACCACUCAUUUGUGGUGUUGCCUAAACAAAAAACACAAGUACCAGGGGUCCCUCCACGUCCUCGCGGUGGAUCCAAUCUGUCUGAUGCAAGCCAGUCUGGGAAGACAAUGGAGGAAUCGUUUGUUGUUUUGCCUCCACCUGCUGCUUCCGUGUACAAGUGUGAAUCCACCUCUGAUGCAAGCGGCAUCCAUGCGCCAUCACAUGAGGGUGAACCAACUGGUGCUCCUUCACACCCAAACAAUUCUGGUUUCCACUCCACAAUAACAGUCCUCAAGCGUGCCUUUGAAAUUGCGACAACGCAGACACAGGUUGAUCAGCCUCUAUGCCUCGAGUGCAUGAGAGUGUUAUCCGAUAAGCUUGAUAAAGAGGUUGAAGACGUAAACAGGGACAUAAAAGCAUAUGAAGCAUGCCUGCAAAGGUUAGAGGGGGAACCCCGAAAUGCUCUUACAGAAGCUGAUUUUCUCAAGGAAAAACUGAAGAUAGAAGAAGAGGAAAGGAAACUUGAAGCAGCUAUGGAAGAUACUGAAAAACAAUGUGCAGAAGUCACGGCUGAACUGAAAGAACUGAAUUUAAAAUCCAGUCGCUUCAAUGAGUUGGAAGACAGGUAUUGGCAUGAGUUCAAUAAUUUCCAGUUUCAGUUGAUUUCACAUCAGGAAGAGAGGGAUGCCAUUCUCUCAAAGAUUGAAGUUUCUCAGGCACAUCUAGAAUUGUUAAAGAGAACAAAUGUUCUCAAUGAUGCUUUUCCAAUCUGGUAUGAUGGAGACUUUGGAACAAUUAACAAUUUCAGGCUAGGCAGACUUCCUAAAAUUCCGGUGGAGUGGGAUGAAAUAAAUGCUGCAUGGGGCCAAGCUUGCUUUCUACUCCACACGAUGGCUCAGUAUUUCCGACCAAAGUUCCAAUAUCGGAUAAAAAUCAUUCCCAUGGGUAGUUAUCCUCGGAUUAUGGAUGCCAGCAAUAAUAGUUAUGAGCUGUUUGGCCCGGUGAAUUUGUUCUGGAGCACCCGUUACGAUAAAGCAAUGACAUUGUUCUUAACUUGCCUGAAAGAGUUUGCAGAAUUCGCGAACUCCAAAGAUAAGGAGAACAACAUACCAGCAGAUAAACGUUUUAAACUUCCCUACAAGAUUGAGAAUGACAAAGUAGAAAACUAUUCCAUCACCCAGAGUUUCAACAAACAAGAGAACUGGACGAAAGCUCUCAAAUACACCCUUUGCAACUUAAAAUGGGCACUUUACUGGUUUGUUGGGAACACAAAUUUCCAGCCUCUUUCUGGGACAGUCUCUUCGCGUGCCGAGGUUCCUCCUGCAAGUUCUAUGUACAAAAGUCGCACUUCUAAUUCCAAGUCUGAACUACAGAGCUCAUCAAAUUCAUAAUGUAAAAUGUAUAUAUUAAGAACAGUAGAACAACAUACAAAAUUGUAUAUAAAUUCGACACUUUCCCAGUUAACAAUACAAAGUUGUAUUAGACUUAACAGGCCACGUUGCUUGCAUAACAUUUAAAGUCAGCCAGUUUUUCUAGAAAUGAAAUUGCAGCAGGCACAUUAUUUGUGACAGACCAAA